AUGCAGGUGAAGCAACAUGGCCAUGGCGUCGAGCAGUUACAGAAGAAACGAGCUGUGACUGAGGCAGCGGGAGGAGAAAGCAGUACAGCAGCAGCACCGAGGCAAAGUACAUUACAAGAGGCGUUUCACAAAGGCAGGGUAUAUCCAGAUGACUCUCCAAGAGCAAGGACCAUUACAAGACUGAUUGGAGAAAUGAUUUGCAAGGACCUUCAACCUAUUUCAGUGGUAGAGGACAGUGGCAGCAUCAUCCGUGUCAAACUGUGCAUCUUCAACUCCUCCGGCUCCAACUCCUCCGGCUCCAACUCCUGCGGCUCCAACUCCUGCGGCCCCACAACCUACAUCAAGCUCUACCACAUCAUCAGUAAGAGGAAUAUGGGCCGAUUUUGA